AGAGGUGGAACAAUAGGGAGCAAGCUUGGCCGGAGAUGCACUACAAUGUUAGAAGAUGCAUCAAGGACAGACAGCUCAGUCAUUCAUUCACUCUAGGCCCUUACAAUCAGGCGUAAUCAUGGAAUCUAAACAGGCAUCGAAAUGUUUUCGUUUAGUUGUGAUUAUUUCAUUGCUUUCCAUCGUUGUCUAUUCAGUAAGUCUGACCAUCUUAGUGGUAAAACUUGUUCGCAAUCACGCUGAUUUACAAACUUAUACCACGAGACUCGAGAAGCGGGUUGAACAGAUUGAGAAAAUCGUCUCGGCCCGUUCGACGGAAAGCCCUGAUACAGGAGAYGAUGUAGAGCGCCUUGUCAACGAGGUGGCUACAUCAGAUGAGGAAGAGUACGCCAGAAGCAAGCGAGCUGACAAGAAAACAAGAAGAAGGAGAAGAAGGAAGGGGGAGAAAGGUGAUCCAGGUCCUCCCGGGCCAAAAGGUGACAAGGGGGAACCUGGGGAGAAAGGAGACAAAGGUGAUCAGGGUCCUCCUGGGCCCCAAGGAAUACAGGGCCGUCAAGGAGCACGAGGACUUAGAGGACCUCGAGGCGCACCUGCCCCAAAAGAUAACAGUUCACUGAUUGCUGAAAGUGCACACCUUGUUGGCGAUGGAAGUAAAAAAGUGCAUGCAGGUGUCAUCACGUACUGGCACAAGAAACACACCAAGGGUUCCUUCCAGUAUAACGCACAUACCGGCGAGUUGAUCGUCGGUCGUACGGGUUUCUACUACGUUUACAGUCAAAUGUACUAUUACGACGGGACUUCGGUGCUACUCAACCACUAUACCCUAGUGAACGGGGUUAAGAUAUUGGGCAGUGCGUCCAGUGUGGUUAGCGCAAGAAGAAAAUACAACACCAACAGCCAUGGCGGCGUGUUYCUGCUUCGAAGGGGCGACAGGCUAUCAGUGUCGGUGUUUAUCAGCAAGAUAUAUUUGAUGAGGCCCGAGUAUACGUACUUUGGUGCGUUCAUGAUACACCCGGAACAAGACGCAAGAACACAAGAACACAAGCCUUCAGUUGUGGAGUCUGCAAAGGUAGCAUGGCCUGACAACCAACUAGAGACUCAAARAGCAGUACUCAACACAAUGCCCUCGCGAAGCCCAGACUUAAUGCUGUGUUGUACAGUGUCUGUUUUGCUGUUGUUUGUCGUGUGUACAACUGUAUACAUGGUUUUACAAUCUAGGCAGACUGUAGCACAGUCACACAGAAUAGAUGAGCUGGAGAAUCUUGUUAAACGACUUACUCAACGAGUUGUUACUCUAGAAACUCUCCUGGCUUCUAAAGAAGUGCUUGAUGGCAAAGAAGGGAAGAACGAUGAAAUCAAAUCAAGGAUCUUGAACGCGGAGGUCGCAUCAAAUCAAGAUAAAAGAAGGAAUCGUAGACAGUUUCUAAAAAUGAAAUGCGAUUGCAUUACAGGUCCUCCUGGGCCACCUGGCCCUCCUGGAGCACAAGGUCCUGCAGGACCGAAAGGAGCACAGGGCAAAAGUGGUAUAAAAGGCAGAAGAGGAAGACGAGGUCAUCAAGGACCCAAGGGUGAUCAAGGACCCAAUGGUGACCAAGGACCCAAGGGUGACCAAGGACCCAAAGGUGACCAAGGACCCAAGGGUGACCAAGGACCCAAUGGUGACCAAGGACCUAAGGGUGACCAAGGACCCAAGGGUGAUCAAGGACCCAAUGGUGAUCAAGGACCCAAGGGUGAUCAAGGACCCAAAGGUGAUCAAGGACCCAAGGGUGACCAAGGACCCAAGGGUGACCAAGGACAAAUAGGACCACAGGGUCUGAAUGGAAUCAAAGGAGAUAAAGGUGACAAAGGUCCCCCUGGAAAUCUGAAAAGUGCUAGUAUCCACUUGGUUGGAAAUGGUCAACGAUUUUCUCAAAUAGAUACAGCACAAAGUGUCACACAAUGGCGUAGAUCAAUGAAACAUGAGUCACGGGGCAGCUUCGAAUACCACAGGGCAACUGGGUCGAUAGUGGUCAAGAGACCUGGGUACUACUUUGUUUACUCCCAGAUGUUUUAUUGUGACGUAGACAAGCCUGUGAUGGGUCACUCAAUCACCGUGAAUAACAAAACGAUCAUGAAAAGCUUUUCGAACACUUAUCCUAAUCAUACAAGGAAAUAUAACACGAACUUUAACGGUGCCUUACUCCGCUUAUCGUCUGGUGAUCAGAUCAAAUUGAAAAUAUCCACAAGGGGCUCUACUUACUUUAUGGACCCUAGAGCCAGCUUCUUUGGAGCCUUUUUGGUCUAUCCCGUAAAGUAAGCUUGUACGCACGCCUUUUUGAGGGUACUCAUUUAGUAACUCGAUCAAAGGACGCUAUACACAGCCGUUAGUAUUAUAACAAGACCACAUACUUAUAGACCCUUUUAGAUCAUCAGUCACAAUGCGAUGCUGUGCAUUAUUUGCUUCGAUUCAAACACUGCUAUUAUCAUUUACAUGAUUUGUAAAAAGCGAAUCAAUUCCAAACACUUUAAUAAAACCUGAAUUUUUAAA